AUGGCGGAUCUGAAGAAUCUCUUCCUCAUCACGAAACACCCAUCAACGACGCAGAUUUUUCUAACCUCUCUGUUCUUUCUCUCUCUCUUCCUCCUAUCCUCUUCCUCUCUCUCAGAUUUCUCUCCAUCACUGAUCGUCUCGAGCUUCACCUCUCGUCUCCUCACGGCAGCGAAUUUCUUCUCUUCUCCUUCUUCUUCUUCGUCGACUGCUUCAGACAAAAACACGCUCUAUUUGGUUUCUCCGAGAAGAACCCACGUCAAUAACGAGUCGUCGAAGAAGAUGGAUUUCGCGCGCAAAGAACUUAGUUCUUGCGACAUAUUUGAUGGAAGUUGGGUCUUGGACGAUUCUGAGCCGAUUUAUCCUCCUGGUUACUGUCCUUUCGUUGAAGAUAAAUUCAAUUGCUACAAAAAUGGCAGACCCGAUUCGGGUUUUCUCCAUCAUCGAUGGCAACCUCACGGAUGCUCCAUUCCAAGAUUCGAUGGGAAGAAGAUGCUGAAGAUUCUGAGAGGGAAAAGACUAGUCUUCGUUGGUGAUUCAUUGAAUCGAAACAUGUGGGAGUCUCUGGUUUGUUCACUUAGGUCAACAUUAGAAGACAAGAACAGAGUUUCUAAAGUUUCUGGAAAACAGAGUGAUCUCCAUAACGAAGGCUUUUACGGUUUCAGAUUCAAAGACUUCGAAUGCUCUAUAGACUUCAUAAAAUCACCGUUCCUCGUUCAAGAAUCCGAAGUUUUAGAUGGAUACGGGAAAAGGAGAGAGACACUUAGGCUUGAUAUGAUCCAACGAUCGAUCACGAAGAUAUCCAAAAACGCAGACAUUGUCAUAUUCAACACUGGUCACUGGUGGACUCACCAGAAAACCUACGAAGGGAAAGAUUAUUUCCAGGAGGGAAAUCGAGUUUACGAAAAACUACAAGUGAAAGAAGCUUACACUAAAGCUCUUCACACAUGGGCUGAUUGGGUUGAUUCAAAUAUCAACAGCACCAAAACCAGAGUAUUCUUCGUCGGCUACUCAUCUUCACAUUUCAGAAAAGGGGCUUGGAACAUGGGAGGGCAAUGCGAUGGAGAAACAAGGCCGAUACAGAACGAGGCGUACACAGGAGGGUAUCCAUGGAUGAUGAAAGUGGUGGAAUCAGUGAUCUCGGAUAUGAAAACGCCUGUGUUUUACAUGAACAUCACGAAGAUGACUUGGUAUCGAACCGAUGGUCACCCUUCGGUAUACAGACAGCCUGUGGAGGUCCGAGGAAGUUCUCCUACGACCGGAAUGUUCCAAGAUUGUAGCCAUUGGUGCCUACCUGGAGUUCCUGACUCAUGGAACCAGCUUCUCUAUGCUACUCUGCUAGUUUCACAUGGUUCCUUGCCUUACAAGUCACUUGGAACUCUCUUGUAA